UUGUGGUGUAAUCCAUUUUUAUAUUUUGCAGCAUCAACCAUUUGUUUUAGAAAUCAUUAAUAUAUUUUAUCACAUCUAUCAAAUAUACGACUCAAAAUAAAAUUCAUCAACCAUUGACGCGAGAUGAAGACUACUACUAUAUUGACGGCAUUUUGUCUUCUUCUUGCCAUCAAACGUGGAUCAUCUUCAGUUUGCGAAGAUCUAGCAAAUGGAAUUGAGGGAGAUUUUACAAUAGAAGAAGUUAACGAGUGCCACGAAUGUGGAUGGUACAAAAUUCAAGGUGACACACGCACGUCCCAUUCAUCUUCUAUUACGCCAUUCACCGGAGCGGAUGUGUCAGGAAUUGGAAAUCCCGAAUCUGCGUGGUGUGCCGAUGACGAAAAAGAUGACUAUCUUCAGGCCGAUUUCGGUCGCCAAAUAAAGCUUGCAGGAUUGGUGACAAGAGGAUAUGAAAUUGCUGACUCGUGGGUGACGUCCUACACAGUUUCUUACAAAAACAAAAAUGACGAAUAUCAAUUCGUAAAAGACAUGGAAGGAAAUAUCAAAAUAUUUACCGGCAACGAAGAUGGCAUCACUAUAGUGGACCAGAAAUUCCCUGUUCCUUUGAACACAUCAGUAAUUCGUAUUUACCCCACGGCACAUCAUACUGCUGCCUGCAUGCAAGCUGAUGUGUAUGCAUGUACUAAACAAGUUUCAAGUGAUGUACCUUCUCCGUUAUUGGAUGCAAGUAUGGCUGACUUUGGUAUUUUAUCAACCUUUUGCAAGAUCGACGUGUUUGUAGAUUGCAAGUCUUCUUGUUUAAAGUAUAAGCAAGAUUGGUUUGGAUGUUAUACGUGCGAAUGUGAGGUGAUGAAGAUAGGAGAUAAAUUCGAGUCUGAUAUUCUUUUUACUGAGUUGACUAUGGCUGCUGCAGAAGCAAGUCUAGGGGUAUCAGGCGGAGGAGGAGAAAAUGAGGGAAUAUACAAAGGAGCUUCAAAACUCGUACCAAAAUGGGACCAGAGGUCGAAUGGGAAAGUCAUUGUUCCUUACAGCUAUGGGGCUGGUCUCAGCUCGCGAGCACCAGCUUCUAUACAAGCCGCUAUCAGAGAGCUUUCCAGCAAAACAUGUAUUCAACUGGUACGAAGAUCAAAUCAGCCCCAAUAUAUAAACUUUGUAAGCGGGGGUGGAUGCUCGUCACCUGUUGGAAGACAAUAUCGUGGUAAUCAGGUUUCUAUCGGAUAUGGUUGUGAACAUAUGGGAACUGUUGUUCACGAAAUUCUUCAUUCCUUGGGAUUCUGGCAUGAACAGAGCAGACCUGACAGAGACCGUUAUGUUAGAAUUUUAACGCAAAACAUACAAUCAGGGAUGGCGUACAACUUUCAAAAGCGAAAAAAUCACGAAAUUGACUCAUUCGGUUCUCCAUAUGAUCUGCAGUCUGUUAUGCAUUAUCAUGGAACCGCUUUUUCUAGAAAUGGACAGCCUACUAUCGUGGAUAUGCGCGGAAACGCUGUUAGGGGACAGCGAGGUGGUUUAUCAGUCGAGGAUGCAAAACAAGUUAACAGAAUGUACAAGUGCGGAAAUACUGGAACAGGAGGAGGUUCGACAACUGUGGCUCCUGGCACCACAAAGAUCACCACCGUGUCUCCCGGCUCAUGUCGCGACGAACAUCGACAUUGCUCAUUUUGGGCAGGAAUCGGUGAAUGCAAUAAAAAUCCUGGUUACAUGAAACUGAAGUGUAAGAAGAGUUGCGAGGAAUGCGGAGGAACCACACCGAGCCCUUCUAUUUGCUUUGAUGGAAAUGAAAAUUGCCCCUCUUGGGCCAAAAUUGGUGAGUGUGGUAGAAACCCGGCAUAUAUGAAAGUGAAUUGCAAGAAGAGUUGCGCAGUCUGCGGCGGAGCAACUUGUUUGGACAAGAAUGCCAAAUGUCCGAUGUGGGCUAAAUAUUGUUCAUCGGGUACUUACAGUGAUUACAUGACAAAAUACUGUCCGAAGACGUGUGAGAAGUGCUGAGUUUCAGACGAUAUGCUCGGAUUCGAUUUAUAUAAGGACUACGAUAUAUUAUUUUAUGACUAUUAUGCUCCUAACUACCAUAAUAACGCAUAUAUAUAUACACGAAUUUUAAAGCUUAAUAAAAUGAUUCGAAAACCCCGUUCAUUGUGACAAGAAUAUUUAAGCAAUCGAUUUGGAAUCGACGUAUACUUAUUUGUCGCAAAUAUAUGUGAAAAUUUACCCAACAAUACUUGGAUAGAAUGACUAGUGUGAACGCUAGGGCUUCAAAUAUUUGUGAAAUUUUGUAAUUAUUAUUUUUUUGUAGGCUUGACAAGUUCAAGCAAGAAGCAAUUACUAAAACUACUUUUUACUAAAAAAGAGACUCAGAAUAAAGAAUAUUACCGGAUUGUGCUGUCAAAAUUGUCAAAACUGUUGUUUUCGUAUUUGUAUACGCAAUAUUUGUAUAUAUAAAUAUUCCAUCGUUGAAAAUAUGUAUGAUAAUAUCAAAAUUAUACCACUUCAUGCUAAAAUA